AUGAAGCUACCUGGAAAUGAUGCGGUAGGUUAUAAUAUUAUUGUGGUGAUAAUAUCUUCGGCAGUAUUAGAUCUUGAUUUAUCGAUAUAUUCUGAUGUUGCUAUCGUUAUCGGCUCUGCUACUGUUGAUGACACUGGUUGCCUUGCACCGUCAGCAGAUAGUGACAUUUGGUGUUAA